UCUUUAUUUAACACACUCAUGGCAGUGUAAAAACAAAUGAACUUUUAAAAUUAAAAACUGAUGGACCCUUGGCAACAAUAACCUCAACCAGGCGCUUCCUGUAUUCUGGGCUAUGACUUAGUUUCAUCAGUCCACAAAACAUUUAGCCAAUACCGCUGUGGAGUGUCAUUGUGCUCUUUUGCAAACUUCAGGCGUGCAGCAAUGUUAAUUUUACUAAGCAGUGGCUGCCUUCAUGGUGUCCUGCCGUGGAUACCCUGCUUGUUCAGUGUUUUACGUGUAAAAGUAUCAUGAACAGAUGUAAGCAAGUUCCAAUGAUGCCUUCAAAUCUUUGGCUGUCAUUCGGGCUUGUUUCUUUACCUCAUUGAUGAGUCUUCGUUGUGGAACCCACUUAUUGGUAGAGUAGCAACAGUCUGCAAAGUGUCUCCAUUUGUAGAUUGUCUGCCUUACUGUAGAAUUUCUAAAGUCUUAGAAAUAACUUUGUAACCCUUGCCAGCUUUAUGUAACUCAACCAUUCUUGAUCAUAGAUCCUCUAAAUGCUCUUUUUGGCAACGCAUGGAUCACAUAAGCAUGUCCUUCUUGGGCAGAGCAAACUGCAAACGUUUAAGGGGUUUUUAUCAGUCAAUGUAGCCGUGGUCCACACCUCCAAACUUAUUAUCUUAACAAGACUCCAGGUGUGCUAAAACCUGACUCCAAUUGGCUUUAUUGAGGUCAUUUACUCAAGUGUUCACAUACUUUUUCCACAAGUAAAAUUAAAAAUUUUUGGUUGUUCACAUCUCAUCAAGACAUGAAAGAUCAAAAAAACGUUGUGUUAUUAUUUUUAGACAGGUUGUGUUUUCCAAUACCCUUGACUUAUGACCAGAUCACAUUUAUAACAAAUUUAUUCAGAAAGCCAUGAAUUCCCAAAAGGUUCAAAUACUUAUUCUUGCCACUGUAUGCAUUUUGUGACUUUUAUGUCAUUGUGUUGGUUGAGGGUAAGAUAGGAGGAGCUAUAAUAUAGAGAGUACAGGGUGAGUUUAAGAAGUAGUUUGACAGCGUAUUCAACUCUAACGCUUAAAGGAAGUGCUUCUUGGUUGAGAACAACAGCAUGAUUCUUCGCAUAUUUCUCCUCUUCUGCAUCUCUUUUGCAGUUGGGAUGGAGAGUGGCAUUAUAGGAGGAAAUGAGGCUAAACCUCAUUCUAGACCAUACUUAGCAUCUCUCCAGCAUAAUGGACAUCACACAUGUGGUGGGAUGCUGAUAAAAGAGAAUUAUGUACUUACUGCAGCCCAUUGUUUAAAAGAUGUCUCUGGGGAAAAAAAACACUUGGAGGUUGUUCUAGGAGCCCACAAUAUCGACCAAAAAGAAAGAAGCCAGCAGAGGAUCCAAGUAAUGAAAUACAUCCCUCAUCCUGGGUUUGAACAGAACAACAACAAAAACUUCAACUAUGAUAUCAUGUUACUAAAACUGAAGACCAAAGCCAAGCUAAAUAAAUUUGUGAAAGUUGUGACUCUUCCAAACAAAUAUGUAAAAACACCAUCCCAUGGAAAUUGCUCCAUUGCUGGCUGGGGAAAGAUCAACACAAAUAGCGAACAGCCAUCAAGCAUUCUGUAUGAAGUCACUCUCGAAAUAAAGUCUAAUGAAGAGUGUGAAACGAUUUGGCAGAUGUAUUUCGACUCUGCCAAACAGAUGUGUACUGUUUCAAAUGGGAGAGAGGCUUUCUGUCAGGGUGAUUCUGGCAGUCCACUUAUUUGUGAAAGUAAACUUCUAGGAAUAGCUUCAUACACAUCUCCUGAUUACUGCACAAACACGCUCUACCCUGAGGUCUACGUUAAAAUACCCGCCUUCUUUCGUUGGAUUAAGAAACACACAUAAAAUGAGUACAAUUGUCUCUUAAAUAAAGUACACGACUGUGCACCAAAAUGUUUACAUGUAACUGUCAGCCCUCUGAAUUAUUUUUUACCAAUGCUCAGCCAGUUAUUUUCCCUAGAAUUAAAAGGGAAUUGCUUAGAAUUCUUGUAUGUGAUUUAAAUAAUUUCCUAUUUGUAUGUUAUUUAUUCCAACAACAUUAUUUUCUGCUCACUGUAGGGUGACGAAUAAGAUCUAAAAAAUUUUUUUAACAAAAACUUGUGCAUAAGGAUAGUAGAAAAUCUGCAUAUAUAUUAACUUGCAUCUACUGCAAAUGUCAUAACCUCAGUGCAUUUGUGAUCUGUGAUAUUGAGAUUAUUAAAAAACUUGAAAAGA